AAUGAGAGAUGGAAAAUCAUGCGCAGUUGACAGCUUCCUUUAUGUCCGCGCUCUCUCUCCCUUCUCUACCUUCCUUUGAACCCGCGCCCUCUCCCUCAAAUGUCAUGACGUCACAAAGCCUGGAAGUGUAAACAAUAUCUCUGAGGUGUCACGUGUGGCUGGAAUUGGCCCUCGUGAAGUGUCUUCCCCCUUGAGGCAGCACACCUGGCAUCCAUGGGGCCCCGUGGUGCUAGGUAGCAGGUAGUACCCCCUGCGCGGGAACAGUCAGCAGGAUGAGUGAGGGAUCAGGGCAAGUGUUCCUCUGGGUGGUGUUUUCCUUGCUACUAGUGCUGCUGUUGGUACGGCUCAGCAGACGGCCUCCCCGCUACAGCCUCAGGGCUAGGGAUGUGCUCAAAGGCCAUUCUUGGUGCUCCAUCCACUCCUCCAUCAAACCAAGCUUCUGCAGCAUCUGUGAGACCCUGAUCAAUGCAAGUGAUGGCUCCUUUUGCAACUCAUGCGGGGUGUCUGCUGACAGUCCCCAGUGCAUUACUGCAUCGGAUCUCACUUUACCCUGCAAGGUCAUCACCACACGCUCCAUGAAACACAAACACCACUGGAUUAGAGGCAACCUGCCCCUCAAUGCUCAGUGCGAGGUAUGUAAGGAGGAGUGUGGCACUGAUCCGCAGCUGAAUGACUGGUGGUGCUGCUGGUGCCGCUGGUGUGCCCAUGAUACCUGUGUUCAGAAUGUGAAUGAGAUAUGUGACUUUGGCAAGCUAAGACAAUGUAUUGUGCCACCAAACUGUAUUCGCCUCAAGUAUUCAAGGAUGAAGCAGCAUCUUUAUAUCAAGGAAGUGCUCAAACCAAAUAUUAGUGGCUGGAGCCCUGUCAUUGUUAUGGGAAACACCAAGUCAGGAAGCAGUGAGGCGGAUGCAGUGCUCUCCUCCUUCUGCAGUGUGCUGAACCCCGCACAGGUGAUUGACCUCAACCGCUGUCCCCCAGAAGAGGCUCUGGAAUGGUGCCAUCUUCUCCCGCCUGAUGUCACAUGCCGUUUGGUGGUUGCUGGUGGUGAUGGCACUGUCUGCUGGGUGCUCACCUCCAUACUCAAGAUGAAGUUUGAGAAGGAUCCACUGGUUGCUGUUCUCCCACUGGGCACUGGCAAUGAUCUCUCUCGUGUCCUGGGUUUUGGCGAAGGCCAGUCCUGGGAUGCUGACGUGGUGGAGUAUCUGCAGAACUUGCCCACUGCUCGCCCUGCUCUGCUCGACCGCUGGCGAGUCCACUUCACCCCUGCCAGGAGCCUUAACAUUGCCACACGUGAGGUCUACAUGUACAACUACCUGAGUGUUGGUGUGGAUGCUCUUGUCACCCUUAACUUCCACCGUGCCCGCCAGUCCCCAUUUUACAUCUGCAGCAACCGCUUCAUCAACAAGAUGAUCUACUUCACCUUUGGCACCAAGGAUGUCCUGGAGCGUGAGUGCAAAGAUUUGGACCAACGGUUAGAGCUUUUCAUGGAUGGUCGUCAUGUGCCUCUACCCAACAUAGAGUCCCUGGUGGUGCUUAAUAUUGCCUGUUGGGGAGCUGGUGUCAGGCCCUGGACUCUUGGUGCAGGAGGCAGUGAGGCACCAAAACAGAGCUUCAGUGAUGGCCUGAUGGAGGUGUUCUGCCUAGCAUCAUCCCUCCACAUUGCCCAGCUGCAGGUUGGCCUGGGAGAACCUAUCAGGUUGGGCCAGUGCUCCUCCCUCAAGCUCUGUCUGAAACGAGAAGCUCCCAUGCAAGUGGAUGGAGAACCUUGGGAACAGUCAGCUGGAACCAUUACAUUAACAUACAACAAACAAGCUUCUGUGAUGAUGAGGGAGACCAGCUGAAGAGGCUGACAAAGAUGAGGGGUAAAUGUAAGAAGCUGGUGGAAAGGGAAAUGCCACAUUACUAGAAGGAAAGCUAAGAGUGACUGAAAAGUUAUGGAGAACAGAAAAUUACUAUAGGGAGGAGAGAAAAGAAAUUUAAGAAAACAUUGAAUAGGGGAGUGAAGGAUAAUUGAAGAGAAUUCUUGCAGAUAUUUACUGUUAUUAGUUAUUUUGAGCAUAAUAGUUCUUGCAGCACUCUAGAAAACAAAGCUAAUAAUAGCAGAAAGUUGUUUGUGGUCUUUGUAAUUUUCAACAAUAUUUGGGUACAGAAACUAAACUUCUAAUAUGUGUGUCUGUUAUUCAAUACUCAUGUUGGAAGAUGUGAGGUGCCUGAAUCUCAAGCAUGUUGGAAAUUAGAUCUUGGCUCUUCACAUGAGGAAGCGUUAGAAGCCAUCCACUAACAUUGCUUUGGAGACAUGAUGACCAACUAAAACCUCAGACCAUAACAGAUGGUAAUUCUCAAGAUGUGUUCAGUUAUUUCCAAUAUUUGAUGGAAACAUUAAGAGAUUAUAGGAAAAUAUGAAAUUCUUCAUCCAUCAAUAUGUCACACAAUAGUACUUCAGUGGUAUGUCCACAUUUCACAGAAUGAUCUAACCCACAUAAAUUUGUUGAGAAAUUUUUGACAUAUGCACAUCACUGUUGUAUGCUGUGUAAAAAUGUUUCUUGUAGUGUUAUUUUUUUGGUGUGUUCAUGUUUGUUGAUUGAAUCAUGGAUUAAUCAUCCUGCCUUUGCUUUUAGUUCUGUAAUGUCUUAGCUCUCUGUUCUUCACACAACAGUUAAGCUAACACUGACAAAGCAUUCCGUAGUAUCUUAGUGAGCUUUAGAUAUGCCAAUGCAUUUGGAAGAAAAUGAGAUUUAGAUGAGUGAGCAAAAGAGAGAGAGAGAGAGAGAGAGAGAGAGAGAGAGAGAGAGAGAGAGAGAGAGAGAGAGAGAGAGAGAGAGAGAGAGAGAGAGAGAGAGACACACACACACACACACACACACACACACACACACACACACACACACACACACACACACACACACACACACACACACACACACACACACACACAAUUUUCAUCAGCAGAAAGUGAUUACUUUCCUCUUGAACGAGAGGAUGUGUUUGUGGUGUGUGUGAGGUUCCAUCCCCCACCCAUAGGUUAGUGUCUGAGCUUUAAGCUCUCUCUAGGAGGAAAAGAGCUGGUGAUCACAAAUGAUUGAGACUGGGAAUUGCACACACACACACACACACACACACACACACACACACACACACACACACACACACACACACACACACACACACACACACACACACACCUCAUCAAUAAUGAAAGACAAACUGAAUGUGUGUAUAUUCACAUUGUUAUUAUUCAUGUAUUUAUUUACUUACUUUAUCAUUUGUUUAUUUAUUUUCAUGAAUGAUUAAUUCUUUGAAAGAAUAUAGAGUACGGUUAGUUCAUCCACUCACCAGCAUUUCUUUCAAUCUAUUCUAUUUUUUGCUGCCUAGGCAGAAUUUCCUUAUUUUUAAUUUUCCUUUCCCUUUUUAGUGUGAUUUACAUUUAUGAUUUCCUCCAUCAUUCAUACAGAUUGGAUAUCUUUCAUCAGUCCUUUUCAUGCAUUUAAUGCAAUUAAAAUACUGCUACCUUUUGCCUUAUUCAUAAUCUCUUAGUCUGUCCUUUCUUGUAAAUAUAUGUAAACUUUCCAUGAAUCAGAUAGUUAUUUUAUCAAAUAGAUAUCUAACAGGCUUUGAUGAUGGUGCUUUUUCAUUUGUACAUUAUCUACUCUUCAUUGCCACUGUUCCUCUCUUGUGAUUAUUAUAUUAUGUAGUAUCUAUAUUAAGUGUUCCAUACAUUCCAUCAGCAUUGACCAUCUAACAAUUUUAUCAAAAUCUGAUAUUUCUUUUGUAUGUAUUCUUUUUAUUGGUUCUUAUGUAUGUAUUCUUUGUAUUCAAAUCAACAGAAGUUUUGAUCCUCCAUGGACUUCUAAGGCAUCCUCUAAUGUAGUUGUUUGUUUAUUUCUCUUUAUAAUAUUCUUGCAUCUCUGUUGUAUGGUUUUAACAACCAUUUUGAAAUGUGAAUUCUUUUUAGCCCUAACUUUUAUAUUCAUACAUUUUUUUUUUUUCCUUUUUAGUGAUGCAUAACAUUACAUUUGCACUGCUCUCCUUGUAGCCUUGUUUCCUCUAAUCUACACAUGAUCAUUCAUAGCACUUUUGUAUUUAUCCCAGAAAUCUACAGGGAUUUGAGUCAAAGCCAUGUUAUGUUUCCAGAUUUAUUGCUAACUUAAACUUAUGCAUAUACUUUUCUCAGAUAUUCUUCUUUAAAGCAUUCCAACCAUCAAGUCCAUUAUAUUUUCUAAAACUUAAUUUUUCAUGUAAUUUGUUGUGUUGGUUAGAUAUUUGUUACUUAUGCAUUUUCUUUUUAGUAUAAGAAAAUUUAUCUGUUAGGGGGAUCAUCUCAGCUUAGUAUACUGAUAGAUAGUUCAUAAGUCUAAUACCUUGUUAUUCCAUUGAUUUUUAGUGGUAGCCAUCCCUUUUCAUUUGUUUCAAUCUGUUUGCUCCCAUGAAAAUCAUAACUAAAUAGUGGCUAGAGUAUUGUAGUUAUAGAAUCUACUUCACAGAUGCUCUUGUGAUUAAUGUGUUCAUCUUUCAUUUUAAUUUCAUAUGAGGUAUCAGUUCAGAGAAGGUCAUAUAUGUCACUAUGAUUGAAAUUGAGAUAGCACUAACUUUCAUGUCUACAGGCCAACAUGUCAUGAGUGUAUUUAUUCCCUUAGCCAACUCUAACAUGAUGAAAAUUGCUGUAGAAUCCAACCAAAACUGGUCUCUGUGGCUCACCUGUGAUGCAUUGUAUCUUCAGUAUUCAGAGAAGGGAAUAAAUGGUUCAGUCUAGGGUUGCCAAGAGAACUGAAAUGUGCCAAUGCAGGAAUAGUUUAGGGCCCCCACCCGUGCAGACAGUAGGUGAAGGUAGAGAUAGGGGCCUACCCCCACCCACACCAAGAUCUAAUGGUGCCCCCCCCCAAAGAUCCCAGGGGCCCCAGAGCAAUGCACUGGCUGAUCCUAUCCCCCCUCCCCCUCUCAGUGUGGCUGGUUCUGUCCCUUUAAUGGCACUACAGAAGGGCAGGGCAUGCCAGUGAGUGUUAUGACUAUAAGUGUUAGACCCCAUGAGCUAGUCACUGCACAUUUGAGACUUGUAAGCCACUGAGUUUCACAUCCCAUGUUGUGUGGGUAACCUUGAUCUAGCCUUUGCUUGCCACAUGCAGAUGUGUCUCUUGAUUCUACACUAUUUUAUUAACUUUUUUUUUCCUGUUAUAAAUGGAAAAUGUCUUCAUCCAAUAAUAGCAAUGACUGCCCCUACUGUACAAGUGAUGGAAGAAGAGGCAAGCCCUUUGUUGAAACCCAUGGAAAAAAAUAAAAAAAAUGUGAGUGCAAUGAGAGAUGUGUCAAGUGAGACCAUGAGGCACAGUGUGUGACUGUUGACAAUGGAAAACUUGUUGACACAUGAAAAUAGGUUCUGUGUGUCCUGGUGAUAGUAACAAAUUAACUGUUCUUGAUGUAUUAGCAAUAAUAAUAAUAAUAAUAAUAAUAAUAAUAAUAAUAAUAAUAAUAAAUAAUAAUAAUAAUAAUAAUAAUAAUAAUAAUAAUAAUAAUAAUAAUAAAUAUAAUGAUAAUAAUAAUAAUAAUAAUAAUAAUAAUAAUAAUAAUAAUAAUAAUAAUAAUAAUGAUUAUAAUGAUUAUUAUAUUAUUAAUUAUUAUUAUUAUUAUUAUUAUUAUUAUUAUUAUUAUUAUUAUUAUUAUUAUUAUUAUUAUUAUUAUUAUUAUUAUAUUGGCAGGGCCCAUUGGCAUAUGGACCCAGUUAGAGUGUGGGAUACUCUGUAGGAAGUAUCCUGCAUCUGCUGUUGUCUUUGGAUGGAGUAAGUGCAGGGUAGGGAACAGUCUCAUUAUGAAGGAGCAGGGAUAAACCAGUGUAUGCUGUUUGGCCUUGCUGUGGAUGUGUGUGGCUGGCUAUGCUGUGCUGUGGCUCCUGUUGGGGGGGUGUAUUCAGGCGGUCCAUGGGAUUGCCUCUUUCAAUCAGUGGUCAACAGGACUAAGAAUAUAAAUGAUCUAUGUAUGGUGCUUUAUCUGGGAUACCUUGUGUGUGAUUGCUAGCCUGGUAUAUAAAUAAAUAGAUAGAUUAUUAUUAUUAUAAGUAUUAUUAUUAUUAUUAUUAUUAUUAUUAUUAUUAUUAUUAUUAUUAUUAUUAUUAUUAUUAUUAUUAUUAUUAUUAUUAUUGCUGUGAUCAAAAUACAUAAAAUAAUUGUUAUUUUUAGAGCACCACUAAAUCUUGACCUUUCCAAUAACCCAGGCUCUAAAUGAAGUUGGUGGCACUUAUGACCUUCUCUGAAUAGGUGCCUCAUAUACUGAUGUACAUAGUGCUUAGUCCCAAUUUUGCUUUCCCAUUGUGUUAUAUUCAGUGUAUAUUGUUUUAUAGAGCAAUUUUUUUUUUCUGUCUAAUUUACUACUUAUUUUUAGGUCUCCAACUUUCCCCAAAAUUACUAUUUCUCUCUUUUUAUCUUUUCUAUGGCAUAUUCUGAGAAAGAAAAAAAAGAGCAAACUCCCAUUUAAAUCAGCUCUUAAUACAAUUUUCAUAUAUUCAUUCAAUUUAUUUAGUUUAUAUCACUUCCACAAUUACAGCUGCAUCUCUUAUCUAAAGUUUAUUAUCAUUGUAGAUCUCAUUUGACCUAUACUACUGCCCAGGUCCAUGUAGUUUUUCUGUUAGCUCUUGCUGCUGCUUUUCCUUUUCAUUUAUCUUGUAUGUAUCUCAUUCACUCUUAUCACUUUAUUUAUGUGCUGUAACUCUUUUGCUGACUCAAUUUUUCUCAUGCAUCUGCAGCCAUCCAUUGUAUGUACAAUUUGCUCUUUCCUUUGAAUUAUAGUCAUGGCUUCCUUUUAGUUUUUAAUGUCUUUUUUGCAUGAUCCUAUGAAUUUUUUAUUUUUCUGUAGUGUGUGUGUGUGUGUGUGUGUGUGUGUGUGUGUGUGUGUGUGUGUGUGUGUGUGUGUGUGUGUGUGUGUACCAUGAUGUGUUAGUUGUUUGAGACUUUCCUUCCAGAUCUUUAACAUGACUACAUGUGUGGUGCAGUUAGGACUGAAUAUGCAUUGUUAUCAGAAUACAUAUAAAACUUUAGAUUGUCUUAUGCUGGGCAGUAUUAUAGUCAGGUAGCCAUGCUUAUCUAUAUGUAGGUAAGACAUCAUGGCUAAACUAGAGAAACGCCAAAUAUGGCCAGUCAUCACAUUUCUCCGUUUCCUAUGUCUAGUUUUUGCUAGUCCACCCUACCUCAGCUAUAAUACUUGUAGUCAAGCUAUUGUGUGACAUUCUCUUGUUACACAGUGUAUGAUAUACAUACCAGGAAAAGUAUAAAUAAUAUUUUUUCCAUGUCUGAUGUGUCUGUGUGCAAGUUUGCACUGAUAGUAAUCAUUGAGAUACACAUAAAUUAACCAGAUUCUUCAAAAUCAUUAUUUCAUAACUUUAGACACUGUUUGCAACAUAAAUUAUAUACACCUCUUUAUAAACACACUUUUCUUGCACGUGGUGUGGCACUGAGGGACGAAAAAGAUGUGACCCAUAGGAAUAACAAAAGUACAUCUUUCCAUGAACCUACAUGGAACACUUGAGGUGAGACCUCUGUAAUGUGCAAAAUUAGACUAGUGGAAAAUAUCUACCAAGCCAAAGACCUAUGUAACAUGCAUAUCUCAUUUUGUGUUUGUGUACUUUUUCAGCAAAGAAUAGUGACUCAUAAUAUAGUUAUGUAAGCUUUACUUGCAAGGUGCAGGAAGAAAAUUCUGAGACUUUCCAUUACAAAUGAUGUAAUUAAGUUGCAAUUUUGUGGUUGCAGCAGAAACAAGCUGUAACUUUAAUAAUUCCAUGUGACAUAUCACUGUCAUCACCAGGACCUGUGUUACACUUGUCUUUGUGACCACAUGUGCUCAUGCUCAUUUGCAGUUUCAAUAUGGACAUCUAACUUGAGCAGAGACCAAAUAUAAAAUUCUGUGUCAAACUCAGGAAGUAAGGAACGGGGAUACUCAAAAUGAUACAGCAAGCUUACAGCAAAGAAGUAAGAUCAUCAUGAGGUGUUCUGAGGGGCAGUCACACUGAAGGAUCUCAAGAGGUUAGAAUCACCUACAUGAGCACAACCACUGGAAAUAUUUAAAAAAUUUACUGAUCCAUGCAUCAGGAUUAUUAAAUCAUCAUGAAGAAAGUUGCUGUUAUUAUCAGUGUGUCCUUUAAAACAGUUCAUAUAAUUCUCAUGCCCAAUUUGAAUGUGCACUGUGUAAUUACUGAAUUUAUGGCCAGGAUUGUGACUCAAGUAGAGAUGUGGCAAAAUUUGCAGGGAUUCUUCUGUCAACAUGUCAUUGACAACUUGUGUCCAUGGCUACAUCAAAUAAACCAAACAGCAGUCUUCACUGUACUAGGCAACCAAGAGCAUGAGCAGUACAUCUACAAUGAUACAUUGAUAAUGUAAUUUUUACUCUUAUCAAACCUAUCAUUGCUUCUCCCCUUUUCCAGCUCACUAGAUAUGGAUAUGUACAACUUAUUUGUCUUCCAAAAGAUGAAGUUCAAGCUGAUCACUCACCAUUUUGAUCCUAUGGUCUCAGAAGAUCCAGUUACAAUUGCAGAUGAUACUUGACACACUUUAGGAGCAGGACCUGCAAGGAAUUUUUCAAGUGUGACUGAAGGAUUAGAAGUGAUGUAUUGCUAUACAAAGUAACUUUUUUGAAGGGUUGCCAGCAAAAUUUAAAUUAGGUACAGUGUUUGUUGUCUUAUAGACGUAGUCUCAUAACUUUUUGAUUGCACCUCAUACAUUCAGUACAGAGCUGUAGUUUAUACAGUAAAAAAUUUUACUA